AUGCCCAGCUUUGACAGUUCGGCAGUUCUUCAGUUCGCCAGUUGUAAUCGUUAUUUAUGGCAUUCUAUUUCAGAUCCCGCCACGCUGAAUAUCUUUGCCACGCGAUCGAAUCCAAAGAAGAAGCGCAAAUCGCGCACCGCAUUUACGAAUCAACAGAUCUUUGAGCUGGAGAAACGAUUUCUCUAUCAGAAAUAUCUGUCGCCAGCGGAUCGUGAUGAGAUUGCCGCCGGUUUGGGUCUCUCCAAUGCGCAGGUGAUCACAUGGUUCCAGAAUCGACGCGCCAAGCUGAAGCGCGACAUGGAGGAGCUGAAGAAGGACGUGCAGAGCGUGAAACAAUUACCCGACCAGUCAGCAGAUCGCACGCGAUGCCGGCCGAGCAGUAGCCACAACCAUCAUCAUCCCCAUCCGCAUCACCAGGCUCCAACCGGCUCCAGUCGGGACAAGGAGGAGCUGCGCAUGCUCAAGAUGAUGACCCUGAUGCGCUACUCGGACGGCAAGCUGCUCUACCCCACGCCCCCGACGGAGGCGGGCAACAACAGCAAUUCGCAUUAACUCCCAGAUUAGCCCAAUUUGUAAACUAAAACACAAACAAAACGCGCGACUUCUAAUUUGCCAAAAAAAAAAAAGAAGAAGAAAAAAGAAAAAGCAAAGCAAAUGCAAGCAAUUUCUUUGAAUCAUUUUCCUAAUUGUAGAGUAUUAAAUUUCGUAUUAGCUGCUUGUGAUUCGUGUCUAAAUAGCUGUAAUAGUUGUGCACGUCCGUGACUCAAGAGUGUCUACUGUGCUAGCCGAAUGUAGAGUAUGUGGAGUAUGUGGAAUAUGUGGCGUAUGUGGAGUAUGUGCCGUAUGUCACGGUUCAUAAUUUAAGUUUUUGCAAUCUA